GUAAUUUUCUGGGAUACGUCGUUUUCGAACGAAGGUCGUUCGGUCCGAGCUCGAUCAUGGAUCAUGAAAAGUUUCCCUCUGUUAAUACAACCUCAACAGUUUUUUGCAUUUCUUUUACAGGGAUGCAGGAAUCAAGUUUCAAGACAAAAAUGCCACAUCACAUGAGGACUGUUUACUAUUUUGAGACGUAGCAACAUGGAUGUGUAAGCUCAGGAACUCGAUUUAACCUAUGUUGUGUAUUUGGAAUUCUUACAUCAUGGGCUACAUACGAACGAACGCAACCAUCCGAGAGAUUGAUCUACUGAAGGACCUCUUCGAGACAAGAUGACAAAUUAUGUAUCUUUUUCAGGGUCCUUUCGUGCCCCUUCUUCUUCAUACAUGGUACCUUCGACUUGUGUUGGUUUUUAUUUCUCAUUUGGACGCUGCCCUUUCGGUGAAAGACACGCACAUUUGUAAAUGCGAGGAUUUUCCCGUAGAAGACCGUCCGUUUGUAGCGAUAUGGAACGCCCCGACUGGUGGUUGCUCUGUCAACUACAGCAUCAACAUAAACUUGAGAGAUUUUGAUAUUUUAGAGAAUCCGAUGCAAAGCUGGGAUGGAAAGUUUGUUACGGUAUUUUACAAUGCCCAGCUCGGCCUAUAUCCUUACUAUACCAAUCCUGAGGGAACAAGAAGUUAUAAUGGAGGAAUGCCUCAGGUUUGUAAGGUUAAUGUUAUCAGUGAGAGCAAUGUUUAAUGUUUACAUCGUUUUGCUGCAGGUCAUUAAAUGAUCUUCCCUUGUAGGCAAAACAUGAACACGAUAAAAAAAAAACUUUUUCCCUACUUACAGUUUUGCAUUACAAUACUAUUUUUGUCUGAAGAUUAACAUAAACUGUGGACAACAGGUAGUCAUUAUAUUAGUAAGGGGAAAGUGUCAACUUUUUAACACUGCAGACUAGGUUAUAUUACUCAGACUUGCAAUUGCCACUAAAUACGUAUAUAUACCUGUAUUAAGAUUUCAUGUUAGAUGUAAACACUUUAAAAUGGUAAAAACAAAUAUUCAAGUUAAAUUACUAGUAGUAAAUUAAAAGAGUGAUAACUAGUUAAAAGCUAAUCAAGUUUAAUGUCUAUAGCAUAGUCAAGGACAUUAUUGCAGUGAUGGCAGAGAUGAGUCGAAACAGUUAUUGAUCAAAUGACAGAUUUUAUGCCAACAACCUCUAAACACCUUAAACCAUUAAAUUUUUUUUUAUCUUUGUUAGUGAAGAAAUACUGGGGCUUGAUCUUGUCAUGUUGAUACAGAACAAAUAUGCUUACUUUUGCAGGGUUAAAUUUAAUUAAAAGGGUUUUCGUUAAGAAUUGUAGUAGCAGGAGAAAGGUGUAACGUUAGAGGAGAAUAUUUUGAAAGAGGCCAACAUCUGAGUAAAAAAAUUGUCAUAAGAUAUUGAACAUCAGCCAGAGAUGUUGCUCUGAACAACAGGGGUAAGAUAACACAGGGUUAGAAAGAAAUUUGAAUUCAGAUAUAAAAGCUUAAAAAGCAAAUUCAGUUUAAUUCCUUUGGUCUGCAUUUCGGGGAUUAGAUGCCUUAAAAAAAUAAGGAAAAUUAUCUGAGGAAAUGUUUUUAAACAAAAGAGAAAGAAACCCAGGGCUCAUUUCAUAUACCCAUAUUUUUAUGGAGUACCAAUGCAGGGUUUGUACGGGCUCUCUUCUUGGGAAGUAUGUACCCUCAUCCCCUCUUAGUCCAGAUUUAUUAUUAGACUUACUCUCUAAAUUCAUACUCAUGUCUUGUUCAAAAUGGCAAAAAUACCAUAGCCUUUAAGAGAAACAAAAAAGUAUAGAGCUGUGUGAAGAUGAUUAUCACAGGAAGGAGCUCAUGUUUGGAUCCCAUGCAGUGUCCAUCACAAAGCUUGAACCAUCAGAAUGAGUUGUGUGUACAAGAAUUUUUGGUGCUUUGAAAGAGGCAUCUCAGGAAGGAGGGAUACCAAACAACAUCUUUGCCUCUAAUUUAUUUCUCACUCCCUAAUGUUGUUUUAUUGAUUUAGCUUAUAAAUUUGCAAGCUCACCUCAGCAAAAUGAAAAAAGACAUUAUCAAAAAAAUUCCCGACCCAAACUACAAAGGACUGGCCAUUAUUGACUGGGAAGGAUGGCGGCCCACAUGGCAAAGAAACUUUGACUCCAAGCGGAUUUAUCAGAGUAGAUCAAUUGAUAUUGUUCAAGACAAGAACCCUGAAUGGUCAAUGGAAGAAGUAAUUGAAGAAGCAAAACAAGAGUUUGAAAGAUCUGCCCGUCUGUUCAUGGAGACUUCUAUUAAGUUAGCAAGAACUCUAAGACCGAAAGGUCUCUGGGGAUUUUAUGGAUUCCCAGACUGUUUUGGUACCAGUGAGACAAAUUAUCACUGCUCUGAUGAGGUAAUAUACUGAGAAGAUAAUUAUACAGUAUUUAAAAAUUAAAACAAUGUACUUUAUAAGUAAAUGGAAUGUGAUCAUCCAGGUAAGUUUAGUCCUGAAUAGGACUGUUGUCAGUAAUAACUGACAUUUCCACAACCUCUGCAGUGGUCAUCUUUAGAGUCAAAAGUCCUAUUACUGUGUGUCAGCCAUUAGGUCAGAGACAUUUGUUAAAAGUUAUGAUCAAACCAAUAACAGGAUCUUUAUUUUUGUUUUGUUUUAUUUUAGAACAAGGAAAUAAAUGACAACUUGAAGUGGUUGUUUGCAAGCAGUACCGCACUUUAUCCUUCUCUCUAUAUCUAUGACAAACAACCUUGGAAUAAAGCAUUUGCAUAUGGAAGGUUGGAAGAGUCAUUUAGACUAGCAAGUUUGGUUUCAAAAGAGACUAAAAAAACUUUGCCUGUGUUUCCUUAUUUUCGUCAUUUGUAUGAAGGAAAGCCGCUGGAGUUUGACUAUCUCACUGAUGUAAGAAACAUUUUUCUUGUAUUUUAUUUUAAGUUAUUAUAGAGACAUAACAUGAAAUCAUAAUAAUAAUAAUAAUAACAAUAAUAAUAAUAAUAAUAAUGAUAACACACACAUAUUUUAUUGAUGACAAUGCUAACUAUAAAAAUCCUAUUCACAAUUAAUUCUCUUUAAAAAAAAAACUUUUCUGUCGGUUCCUUUUGAACUGCCACCAAUGCUUGUCUAGUUAUUAGUAGACUUUGACCACAAAAUGGCUCGACUAGCUUCAAACAAGGUUUUUUUAAGCAGGGGUGGAGAGGCAGGUGGGUUAACCCUUCAAGUCUCAAUAAUGACCAACAUCAAUUUUCUCCUAACAACAUCCAUACAUAGUCAAGAGAUAAGGUUAUGAGAAUUAAAAAUAAUUAAUUAUUAAUAACUUGAUCACUUACAGUCAAGGCAGGUCAAGAGUACCCCCCAAGAUUCUAUUAAUGAAUUGAUUAUUUGAAAAAUGAAUCCGUUAGUCAUUCCCGUAGCUGGAAUCAAAUAUUCACAUCGGCAUUCCUGCAUGCGUAAUGAGCAGUGAAUAUUUUACAAGAACUUCUCUGUAUUUGAUCAGAUUGAAAAUCUUUGAAGGGAUAGAAUUACUUCGAAGACUUCAAUUCAGGGAGCUGGUAGAAAUUCCAAACCUGCCUGACUUGUGAAUUCACAGCUCAUUAAGCAUGCAAGAAUGCAGAGAUGAAUCUGAAAUCUACGACUACCAACGGUUCAACUUUUGAAUAAUAAAUUCAUUAAUGGAAUCUUGGGGGGUACGCUUGACCUGGCUUGACUGUAAUAGGGGAAACUUUUCUGAUCUUUUAUCACGUAGAUUCUAACUCUCAACUAAUUUUUUUGGGAAAAUGUAUGGAGGUCAGUCUGGAGAAUUUUUAUGUGAAUAUGAUUGGGGCUAAAGGGUUUUGAAAAAAUGAGUUUAAGCAAAGGUUAAAAAUUUUAUCAUCUGACCACUCUCAUCAGGUUGAUCUUCAGAACACUAUUGGCCAGGCUGCAGAUAUGGGUGCAGCGGGUGUGGUCAUGUGGGGGAACAGGCGAGAUGAGAACACCUCCCCUAAAGUCUGCCAAGAUAUUAAUACUUACAUAGAGACAAAGCUGGGGCCUUACUUUGAGUCUGUGAGACACAGCCAAGAAGAAUGCAGUGAAAACAAGUGUAAUGGGCAUGGACGAUGUGUGGAUAAAAAAUUAAUUCCCUCACAAUGGAUAAGUGAGGAGCCAUAUUUGUACACUCAGACGUGUCAAGGGUUACCAAGAAAAUUUGACCCCCGCAUUAGAAAGGACAGCACUCUUCUUCAACAGGAAGGUACAAAGCAUGUGAUUUUUUUUAUAAGUUCUAAAUUGAAGGCUGUAUUGAUUAAGACCUCAAGUGACUCUUAAAAAGACAAAAUUUUUAAGGAGAAAUUUAGCAGUUUAUCAGGUCUUUCACCAUGUAUCUCUUUAAUAGUUCUUCAUUCAAGUCACUGACCACUGUAAUAUCAUUACCAUGUCAGGCGCAGAUCCACACUGGUUUCCACCAUUUUACGGAAGUCAGUCAGAUUUUACAUAGUGGAUAUAUUUUAAAUAAAGAUAAAAAACUUUCCAAGUUGCAAGGCUUCAUCCCAGGAGCAUGGAACUGGCCAAUAUCCUGUUUGAAUGACUUAGAAACCCAGGAAAGGGGAUUUUAGGGAGUUAAAAUCUAAAAAAUUUCACGGGGACCAUGCCUCCCGGAUCCCCCCUAGAAGCUUGCGCUUUUAGCACUCAUUUAAGAAAUCGGUUGGCAUACAUCCUAGAUCCAUGCCUGCAUGUCUCAUUUGCUCUUUUAGCAAUUCAAACUAGCUACCUCUUUCUCUUGACUGAGGGCAUAUUUCACUGAAGGCUGCAUUGCGUAACAGGUGCCUGUUACACAGGCUAUUUUCACUGUGAAUAAGUAGAGAAAUUUUUUACCAGCCAAAGUCAAAUUAUUUAUAACUUAGAUUCAUAUUCACUACUGAAGAAAGAAACAAUUUUUGCACCAAAAAAAACAUUAUUGGGCGGCAUUUCCUUGCAGGCUGAGUUAUCUCACAGUUAUUGCUUUUGCAGUCUCCAUUAGAAUAUUAUAAUGCAUUUACUUUUAUGCUGUACAGUGGAAUCUUGAUAUAAUAAAAGGCCAAGGUACUGGCAAAAUUUCUUUGCUAUAACGAGGUUUCAUUACGUCGAGGUUAUUUUCAUAUGUGUUACUAUUACUUGGGUAAAGAGUAUCGGUCAUUAUACUGCUGACUUUGUUUGUAGAGAUUUCUUAUAUUAUGAGUUUUUUUAAAAAAAUUCAUUUUUGUAUUUGCUUAUUCAAUUAUGUAGUUCCCUUUAGAUGCAGAAUUCGAAUGUAACACUAAACAUUUAACUCUAUCAGAUGCAUUAAUAUCAACGGUUUUUUUUUUUUUCUGCUAGUCUUUAAAUCUUUUAACAUAAUGUGCUCUGAUUUGUUAGACCAACAUGGAACAAACCAACCACAAAGACAUGGCCUGAACUCUGUACAGAGACAGUACUUAAUAAAAGAGCUGACAUUGCUCAAUGCUUCCGGAUCUACUAAAAAGAUAUUUCUUAAUUCUCGUCACAAAAACUCCUCAAAAGACUUUGUAAUGUUUGUACAGUCCACAUCAGAUUCAGCUGUGGAGGUGAACAAAGCACCCAAGGAACAAAAAGGAUUUACUGCGGGCGGAGUUGUGGCUACGAGUGGUCUGCAUUUUCACGAUCAGUUGACAGAAAGGUACAAAUGUAGGAAGUAAUCUCUUUUACAUCCAAUUCGGGAGCGCAUCAAGGAAUUUUUUAUGGUUAGGUGAAGGGGGCCGGGGGGGGGGGGGUGGUGAAAAGGCAGGUGCAGAGAGGGUUGUUGUGAAUUUGGCGAUAAAACUCUUGCUACAUUUUAUUUAUAGAAAAGUUUAAAAGUUAAAAAUUAAUUUUUUUUCAUUUAAUUUGUGGAUUUGUAUAAUGUUUUUUUUAUGGUAUGUUGAAGGUUGUGGGGGGGGGGGGGGAUGUCCAAACUUCGGUUCAGAAAGGACUGUUGAAUUUUUUGUGGAAAAUUUCUUCUCACAGAGACAACCACGUGUUUCUCAAUGUGUGAAGGCCGGUCGCCGUUUUCGCGAAAAAUACUGCUUUGCGAGCAGAGGCGAACGGAUCAUAGGAGGGUACCCAAAAACAAUUACAUUUUUGAAUAUACCUGGAAUUCAGUUUAGUGGCAAAAUGCAACGUGCGUUUUAUUAAAAAAUCACUCAGCCAGUUAAAAAGUGAUUUAUGAUCCUGUCGAUGUAAGAAUUUCAGUCUCAAACAAGUGUCAGGUUUAAUAGGGGGGUCUGGACCCCCGGACCCUCCCUUUGCAUCCGCCACUGCAACUAGAUAUCACCUUUGCGAUAGCCUGCAUUGAUAGGAGGUGGGUAUAGGCCCUUUGUAGCAGGAGCUCAAGUGACCUUUCUUGCGCUAAAAUUAUGGGAUACAACUUUAAAACCACUAUAACAUUCAGUGGCUAUGGCUCAGGAGGUCAAACUCUUCUGGUGGUUUAGACGACGUAGCGUUCAUUAUUUCUGUUUAAGAAGAAGGAAAGCUUAUAUACUAGGAAAUAAUAAAAAGAUCUGAGCAAAGCCAGUUUACUAGGGAAAGAAGUGAGAAAAUAGAACUGUGAUUGUUUUUUGCUUGUUUAGUGAUUAGGGUUAAGUGCUGAUUUUGGAUGGUUUUUAUUCACUGUUUUGGAAACGUCAUAUUAAUACCGUAAAUCCUCGUUUAAGCCCUCCGGGGCGGGGGUGGGGCAUGUUUCUUUCAAACACAUAUGGGGGGCUUAAUAGAGACAGGGGGCUUAUUCGAGAGGGGGGCGUAUUUAAUUUAUCAAACACGAUGAUGUCAGUUCUCCAUAAGGAACUAGAUUACAAAAUGGAAAACCUUAGUAAGAGUUGGAGGUCAUACAGCCAAGGAUCAAAAACAAAUCCGGACUUCCAACUGGUGGAUAACAAACAUCCCAGAUCAGUCCACACGAAGUUUUACUGUUGUGAUUGAUUAAUAGUCUAUCAUUCUAUUAGUGAAGGAUAAUAAGGGGACGGGAGGGGGUGGGGGGGGGAGCUUAAUAGAGGAUUUACGGUACCUAAAAAAUAAUAAACACUUAAUGACUUGUCCCUCGGGAAACAGUUAAUUUUGUUUCCCGAGAAUCUUAGUGAAACAUUGAGAUUCUCAGGAAGCAAAACCUGGAAGUAACCAAUGAGAGCGCACCCUGUUGGGAAGAAAUUUCCAGCUUUAUAACAACGGCUGUUGAUAUCGAUAGCUCCUCAUAGUUUAGUGUAGAGAUAAAUGUACUAAACUGGGUUAAAGGAUCUCCGGCUUGUUUUAAUUUAGUCUUUUUUCUGUUUUCUUUAAAAUAAAAAGUUUUAAGUUUCCUGAGUGUGUAGGGUUCAUGAGGUGUCCGACCUCCUUCUGAGUUGAAGUAUGCGGACAUUUCGCUUUGAAGUCUUCUCGCUACAUAGUCAUUUUGCAACAACGUUGACUAAACAGACCAUUGCAGUUUAGCAGUUGUAUACAUACACAGUCUACAGAAACAGUCCGUAAGCGAUCUCUAAUCUCCGAAAAAAAAGAAGGACAAAGACUGUUUAAUACAAAAAUUAAAUCAGCGCGAGUCGACUUUGAUCUGGAGCGAAAUGACUUAUAGCGAAAGGACUUUUUGCGAAACGACCGGUAACCUUUUGUGACAUACAACAGGUUUCAACUGAAUCAAAACGCUUUUAACUCUAUUCAAAUUCUGAAGCCCAGUUUUAAUGUUUUUUUUUUUCAGCCCAAGUUUUACCCAGACAGUAGGCAAAGGAGCUGUUAACAAGCUGACACUUUGUAAUGGAUCCACAUCCGGGUCCUCAGACUGCGAGAUCAUGAAAGAAAGUCCCUCCACGUUCUCGCGUGGUUUCCACUUUCCGCACACGUACGUGGUGUUCCUGUGCGUGUCGCUUGGCUCUGCACUCCUCGUAUCGUCCGCUUUUAUUAUGAGUUACUAUUACUGCAAUGUUCGCAAAAGAGUAGCGGUAGACGAGGAAGACGACGAUAUUCCUCGCGGAGACUGAUCACGCGCUGCGAAGCGAGGGAAAAGCGCACUGAUCGACGAGAGAACAUUUCUCUGUCAGUUCAGCCUCUCAAGGAGGGAGCGUUAGGGUCCACAGUUUUUGCGGUUUUAGCCAUUUUUAAGAUAGGUAUUUCGGAUUUAUAAGCGAUAGUCGCAUUUUCCUUUUGGGUUUUGGUUUUUACCGAAAAAAAAAUUUGCCCAUUUGGCUUACCGUUCUUCAUGUCUGCACAGGCUUCUCAGCCGAGUCCUGCCGUAUGUGAAGUGAAUAUAAAACGAACCGUGGUCUAGUGACAAGGGGUAGAUAUAGAGUAUACGUUACCAGAAAAGGUCAAAUUAUAUACUGUUCACACUGUUGUAAAAAUUGUGAAACAUCCCCCAUACCUAAAGCCAGGAGCGAACAAGGACAAAAGUAUGCACCCUGUUUCACACAAUAUUUCACAAAGUGUAGAGAUUUUACUGCCUAGAACCAUUUGUGAAAACGUACAGGACGACCCGUAAGUUCUUUUUAAAAUUAGCGUGGGUUUUGUUAAUUUGGUAUGGUACUAAAACCGGGAACGGGGAACGGGAAAAUGAAAAAUGGGAACAAAACAGAAUUGGAAAUGAUAUUACUGAUGGGUCUAGGGUUCAAGUUAGGUUUUGUUCCCAUUUUUCAUUUUUCCCGAUUCCGUUCCACGUGCUCGUUCCCCGCUUUCCGUUUCUCGUUUUAAUUACAUCCGUAAAUUUGUUCUUUAUGAUCGUUGACAUCUGCGGUUUUUCUGAUCAGUCUUUAUUGCGGUUUCGCCAGUGUGCGUUGGUAUCUUUCUUGGUGGUUUCGUUUAGUACCCCCCUUUGCGAGUUACCCAACUGGAGUUACUGCAACUCGUAAUACGUCUUGGAUAGAGCUCUACCAGCAGAACCUUUGAUAUAUCAACAGAGCUUGAAAGAACGUAUUCUCAAGCUAGAAAGACAUCGCCACAAUUCAACAUUCUCUCCAUAUUUUGUUUGUUUUCAAAGUUGUUUUGUAUAAUUUUAGACUCAGAAAAGGCGUAGAAGUAUUGUUCACCGAAUACAAGUCUUUAACCUAGCUGUAUAAUUGUCAGUGUCUGCUGGUAUAAGGAGUUUGGUUCUGUUUUUGGUUUUGGACUGAACAAGCCAAUACUCUAGUAGACGUUAAUUGCGUGCGACCAGAGGUGUCCGCGAUGCUAUUCUUCAGGUUCCUAUUACGCAUGCGUGGCGCGUAUUUAGCCAAAUUCGUUUGGACUUCCAAACGAGUAAGUAAACAAGUAAGAAAGAAUGGAAUGCUUAGAACUCAAUCUGAUCGAUGACACUCGUUUGGACCUUCUAUCACUCGUAUUUUGAUCACGCGCGUUUUGACCUUCUAUCACA